UGAAAGAACUGUGGAAAGGUUUUGCUCCCUCUUGCAAACGCUUCUUUAGGAAAACCGUUCACCAAAGGCAGCAGAGCUUUGCUGUCAAUUAUUCCCAUUGUGUUCUGUUAAAAAACUGUCUUGAGAAAGGCACUGGCAGAGGACGGUCGGGGAAGAGCAGCUGGAACCUGUGCUUUAUUCUGUUGUUUAAUUUACAAGUCAGGCUGGUGAUGCAGGGAGUACAAAGCACAGCAAACACGCCACCACUCUGUGGCUCUGCAGUCUGCUGGCAGUGACACCAUGCUCUGUCCCAACCCGUGAGUGGGAGCUGAGACACCCAGCACCAGUAGGUAAAGACAAGCGAUAAAAUCCACUGUGUAAAAGGAGAAGACACGUGGCAUUUUGGCACCAGUACCAAUGAAGCUAACAGCCUUCUCUACUUUCUGUUUUUGGCUGGCUCUCUUUUUGGCUGGCUUCCUUAGCAUAUGCAUUACUGACAGUUUUAUGGGAAGUCAGAAGAACCAUACACUAAUUUUCACCAAGGAAAGCAAUAUUCGCAACUGCAGUUGCUUGGCGGAUAUCCGUGACUGUGACUACAGCCUGGCAAACCUGUUGUGCAAUUGCAGAACUGUGCUGCCUUCUACCAUGGAAAAAACUGACUACAGUAGCGACCUGACAAUUUGGUUCACAGACACCUCUGUGCUGGAGAUGCUCCUCAACUUCACAAUGGUGUGGGAUUUGAAGCUCUCCUUCUGUGGCACUACUCCUCUACCAACAGAAUACUUGACCAUCUGGGGACUGAGAAAGCUCCGGGUAAAAAAUAAGGUCAAGGGACAAUUUCCAGAGCAGAGCGUAACCAUCCACAGUAGCAGCAAGAAUGAAAAAGAAGAUCUACUCACAAUGCACAACAAAGACAGGCAAAUGUUAGUAUACAUUUCUUUCCUGGAUACCUCUCUUUUCAAUGGAUAUUCUUUGCUGAAGUCAUACAGUGUGGAAAAUGUCUCUAGUAUCACAGAGCACUUUCACAACCUGCUGUACUCCAAUGUUUUCUCAAACUCAGAUAACAAAAGUUAUGUUGUAACAUUCAUUUACUGAGUUUUCUAGCACAGUCAGCCAAAGGCUUGGCAAACUGCUGAAAGAGAGAUGGGACUCUGUUUGGUUUGGCCACAAGGAACCAUUACGGGAUGAAAAGUUUUGACUGUGUACUCUACAAGGAGGCGUUUGAAGUAAUACAGAUUCAUCUGACUAACUCAGUAAACGCUUCCUUAAAGAACAAAGAACACAUGAAACAAGGUAAAAGCAUCACUACAAAUCUUUUAUAUUGUAAGCUAAGAAUUGAACACAUUCUCUGUUCCCUGACAAUCUUGGUCACUCUCCACUGGGCACACUCUGGUUGAUCAAUACUUUUCUUCCAAUGAGGGAGGCCAAAACUGCCAGUAGUACUCUGCACACAGGGGGAAUAAUCCCUUGCCAAUAUUUACUGGCCUCACCCCUGUGCUGUGAGGUCUGAGGCAUUUGAAACAGACUGUCCAGAUAUGUGUUCAAUACCCAUCCCUGGAGGUGUUCAAGGCCAGACUGGAUGGGGCCCUGGGCAGCCUGCUCUAGAAUUAAAUGCGGAUGUGGGUGGCCCUGCCUAUGGUAGGGGAGUUGGAGCUUGAUGAUCCUUGAGAUCCCUUCCAACCCAAGCCAUUCUGUGAUUCUAAGAUUCUAUGAUUCUAUGAUUUGAGGUGGUUACAAGCUACCAGAGAAAAACUGAGAGUGCUGGUUUUCUUUGUCCUCCACUGAGUUGUCAGAGCUGGGAUCCCCAUGCUCAGCCUGGGUGACAGAGCCUCUUAGGACAGCAAAGGCAGCUUUGCAGUCUGCUUCCCACCUCAGCAUAACCAAUGGCGCGUUUGUGAGAUGGCCAGCAAUCUGUGGAUUUUCAGUAUGUGAUGGAGGGUGCCCAGUUAUGUAGCAGGGUACUCUCAUUUUCCAUUCAUCAUGGGAAAAGGUGGGCAAGAGAUCACCCUGCAAAAUGCCGUGAUUAUAAAGAUGUUUUUUUUCCCAUUGAUGGCUCCUUUCCCCAAAUACAGCAAAGUUGAUUUCAUCUUUUGUGCUGAUGGUAAACUCUCCUCUCUAAGAAAAGGAGAAAAUAAACCAUCCUGUGACUCAUCUGAUAAGUAAGGCAAAGCUUCAGGCAACAGGUAUUAGCUGCACUGUGGGAGAGAUUGCCAUUCCCUGAAAAACGUCAGGACAAUGUCAAUAGCCAAAAGUCUACUCCUUGCCCAUGUCUGCAGGAUUCACAUUCUGUGAGAUGCAAUUAAGGCUGGAAUCAAUGUGUAUAGUAUAAUAAAGUCCAAACAGAAUUGCAAUGCCAGCAAAGGAUUACAUUUUUGGUUUUUUUUUUCUCUUAAUCUGGGAUAAAAUAUAUGUACUGAGGGGAACAAUUAUUAAGAUUCUGAGGAACCAAUGAAUUUGUUUCAGUAACUUUAAGCCUUGCCCAUAAUUAUAAUCAAUGGUGGAGCAGUUUUGCUAGGUAACACAACUUAAUUUUUUUUUUUUUUACAUACACUUCAUUACUACAGGCUUUACCACUGAAAUCAACAGUGUAAUAGCUAUUAGGAAAAUCAGGUCGAUUUGCAAUUGUAAAUUAACAGAUUUAAAGACACUGGUGUUUAUGGGCUGAGCAGUGAACUCCAUUUAACUCAGAGAGCUAUUCAAUCAGCUGUUGUACAGACUUUUGUCAUUUAUCAGCAUCUUGAAAACAAAUUGAAAGUUUUUUUCCACAGGUGAAAAAUAUUACUUGUGAACACUCUAUGGUUUUGUCACAAGUUACAACAUGGUCAGGAGCUGAAGCUGAGGUGACAGAGGUUAGGAGCAGGGGUGUUGUUCUGAGCAUGUACUUGCCUGGUAUGGAUUAUAGAAGAAUAUAAAUCAUCCUGGCUGUGCAAAACUACUAACAUUGCCCUCACAAACUGACUGAUCAUUAACUCUGCACAGGAUACUCUUGUUAAAAAAUACACAUAAUAUAUUGAUUUCUAAAUGUUAUUAAUCCUCUCUUAAAAAUCAAGCCUAAAUUUUUUUCAGUUAAUUCACUGAUGCUCUGCUGCCCUCUAGUAAAAAAUGUGCUGAAUAACACAGUAACACAAUACUAUAUUGCCAGGGCAGCAAUGAUUGCUGAGGUUACUGUUUGAAAUCCACAGACAGAGCAGAAACUGAGGACGUGUAUUCUGGCUUUCUUGGGAAGAAAUCACAUUAAUAGAUCUGUGUGCUUUUUAAUGCUGUAAAUUAAAGUUUUGAUUACUCUUGCCACA